AUGAUGCGGCGGAACCACCGAGCACUUGGUCUAUUGAGCCGUCUCCACGACCCCGCAUCACCUAUAAAACCCCGCCAUAAAUAGUCCGCAUCACACCAACGCGACCAUUGCGACGCACAACCACGCAGCCUACUAGGCCCAGCACUUCUGCAAUCAGCAACAUGGCCGAGAGACCAGCACACACGCGAACUGCCUCCACUAACCUUGGCACUUCCGGCCAGCGCAUCCUCGAAGGAAGAAACGCUAUCGUAACAGGAGCAUCAAGAGGAAUUGGCGUCGAAGUCGCCCGCAACCUCGCUUCCAAGGGCUGCAAUGUCGUCAUAAACUAUACCUCCGACUCGUCUGCCCAAGUUGCUCAAGACCUUGCUUCCGAGCUGCAGUCCGAGUAUGGUGUCAAGGCCAUCACCAUACAGGCGAGCAUGGGCUCAGAAAACGGCCCGAAGCACCUCGUAGAAGUCACCAAGAACAACUUCCAACACCCCAAGACGGGCAAGUUCCAGCUCGACAUCAUCAUCAACAAUGCUGGCGUCGCCGGCAACAACUACGUCGAAAACGUCGACUGCGAAGACUUUGCCAGACAGUUCAACGUCAACGUGCGAGGCCCACUGCUCCUUGUGCAAGCCGCCGUCCCCUACCUGCCAAAUGACCGAUCAGGCCGCAUCGUCAACUUGUCGUCUGUCAGUUCUUCGCUAGGAUACAAGGGCCAGUCAAUCUAUGGUGGAACAAAAGCAGCCCUAGAAAGCAUGACGCGAACUUGGGCUCGUGAAUUGUCCGAGCGAUGCACCGUCAACGCCGUUAAUCCUGGCCCAGUCGCCACAGACAUGUACUGGAGUAACGAUGAAUCUUUCAUCGCAUUGAACAAGCCCUUCAUCGAAACCACCCCGUUGGCGGCACCACGAAAGGGUAUCGACCCAGAACGAAUCUAUGAAGCUUCCCAAGGUGCUGGAGGCAGACCGGGCUACAGUGAGGAGGUCGCUGGUGUUAUUGGCAUGCUUUGCUUGCCUGAUGCUGGAUGGACAACAGGCAGCGUCAUAUGCGCCAACGGUGGCAUGAAAUUCACCUACUAGAUGAAAUAGGUCGCUCGCAUUUGCUGUCACCUCUCGGCCUUUUGAUCCCUCAACUACACAUAUACAUUGGGAAACUUGCGCGAAUCCGAGCUUGUCUCGAAGACAAUUCAA